CCACAGGAUCGGCCAUCAGAUGCUACAACUGCAACAGCCACCUGGACCCCGACUGCCUGAACCUGGACACGCCCAAGGCCAAGGACUACCUCACGGACUGCGGCGAUGAGGCUGAUGGACACAGGUUUACCCUCUGCCGGAAAAUCGAGAUGGCGAUGGACAUGGACUUCGGAGUGGCCCAUCCAUCCGAAACUCGAGUUCACCGCGCCUGUGGGUGGGAAGAGAACGACGAGGACGGCAAGGAGUGCUACUACAAGAGCGGCUACAACACCCGCUCCUGGGUCUGUGCUUGCAAGGAGGACGGCUGCAACUCAGCCAGUCUCCCGGGCGCCACCUUCGUCGUCGUGCCGUUGGCGAUCCUUUCUCUGGCUCUCAGGGGCGUCUACUAGCCACAGGGAACCUAGUGUUUAAUAAUGUGUUCUGUGCUCUACUUGCUUCUCCUGAUCCUGUUUCAUUUUUUUUUUAUUUUUUUUUUCCUCCUCUUUCUCCUUUCUCUUCUUUCGAUUUUUGUUUUUCCUCCUCUUUCUCCUUUCUCUUCUUUCAAUUUUUGUUUUUCCCUCCUCUUUCUCCUUUCUCUCCUUUCGUCCUGAUCUGUGGCAGUGCCUCUGGUAUCCAUUGGCUUGCGGCCGCGAUCUCUCUCUCUUUUCCGCUACAGGAUAGUUUGUCCUUCCCUGUCCCGUUUUCUUUGUCCCGUUUUCUUUGUCCCGUUCCUCUCUCCCUCUCAUCCCCCUAUUUUCCUAAAUAAAAGAAAAUAAAAAACAUCCCCCCCCACUUCCCACCCAACUACCAUCCAUUCCUCGUAGUGAUCUAGUAAUUAAAAAAAUAAAAUAAAGGUAAAAAGGAGUUAAAAAAAAGACAGAAUAUUUAGCACACACCAAUGAGACUGCGUGAGAAUCGCCUUCCUUUUUCGUUUUCUGCUUCGUGAGGUAGUGAAGCCCGUUUUCUUUGAUAACCGUUUUCUUUGAUAACCGUUUUCUUUGUUGUUAGUUCCACCAGGAUUUUUGUUUUUCUUUCAACUCUUCCUUUUUUUAUUUAAGUUCUUGCCAGGUAGUUUAUAUCCGGUAAUAAUUGAGAUCCUUUUCCCCUUAACUGGGGUAUUGGGAUCCCUCGUAGUCCUUUUAGACUUUGCUGUAGAGAGGAGUAACUAAAGUAGGAUUCAGAAGCCUGUUAAUCGUAGCGUAGACUAAAGUAAAAGGAUAAAAAAAGAAUUAAUUGUUAAUUGUUGCGACAUAAAAAAAAACAACAACCUUAGAGCGUGUAUGUUAGUUCCUUACUGAUUUUGGUUUGAUUUGUAUGUUUAGAGGUCUUGACUUUCGAAGAUUGAGAUAAUUGAAAACAAGUGACGUGCGCUUUGGUCACGUGACACUGAGGAAGGAGGGAAAAAACGCGGCACGAUGAUACAUGUAGUUCGAGCAGAAGGUAAUUUUGCAUUCAUAUUUUCUCUCUCC